CUCAAAAGCAAAGGCCUCGAUGUGCCAUCGAUAUGGGACAGGGAGAAGUUCAAGCGAGGGUCUGCAGCAUUUGUUGUCAUCGGCCACGUUGACCAUGGCAAGAGUACGCUCAUGGGCCGCCUGUUGCUCGAUACAGGCGCAGUGACACAACGAGACAUAGAUAAAUACAAAAAGCAAGCGACAGAAAUGGGCAAGGCGUCAUUUGCGCUGGCGUGGGUUAUGGAUACUGGCUCGGAGGAGCGUGCUCGUGGCGUCACUGUAGAUAUCGCCCAGCAUCACUUCAGCACAGACAGUAUGGACUUCACCAUUCUCGACGCGCCGGGACAUCGCGAUUUUGUGCCCAACAUGAUUGGUGGUGCAUCGAUGGCAGACCUUGCUGUUCUUGUUGUUGACGCAAAUCAACUAGAGUCAGGGAUGAAAGGGCAAACGAGGGAGCACAUUCUACUGGCACAUGCGGUCGGCUUGCGACGCAUAGUCGUAGCCGUCAACAAGCUGGACGCUACUACACCAGCCUGGAGCGAGGAAGCCUUUCGAAAUGUGAGGGACGAAGUUCUCAAACUGCUCGCGAAAACUGGCUUCUCCAGAGACAACAUAGCGGUCAUCCCUUGCAGUGGGCUGAGCGGCGAGAACGUUGUCUCUGCUCCCUCAGAACACUCGGAGGCAGCCUGGGUUCGGGCGAAACAUCCUACGUUGUUGCAACAGCUAGAGAAAUCAUCAGCAUCGUCCAAUGUCUCGGUAGAGCUUGUCAAAGCACCAGCUCGCAUGCAGAUUGCGGAUGUUUUUCGAGGCGGGAUUACCAAUCCCAUUUCAAUCUCCGGGCUGCUACGUAAUGGUAGCCUGCAGACAGGCGACACAAUCAUCGUUCAACCCAGUGGAGAAAGUGCUUCGAUCAAGGGUAUUGAGGUUCGGGGAACGAGUAAAGAGUGGACAGUGGCUGGGCAAAUACCGACUCUGCACUUACAAGACAUCGACGCACAGCAUUUGCGCAGUGGAGACGUCGCCUGUGGAGAAGAGAAGGCUGUGAAGGUUGUCAAGAACGUCAUUGCGCAAGUGACUGCUUUCGAACCUUUACUGCCACAAGAAGCUGAUGUGCACAUUGGGCGUCUUCACGUGCCGGGGCUUAUCAGUCAAUUGUUCAGCACAAUGAACGCUAGAGAUGAGGUUAUCAGGAAGAAGCCCAGAAUUGUCAAGGCUGGCCAAAGGGCUGUCAUCCGGCUGGGCCUUGAUGAUGGUGUGCCGCUGGAAGCUGGCGACCGGAUCGUGCUGAGGAGUAAAGGCAACACCAUUGCUGCAGGGACAGUCCAGCAAGUAGGCAGCUAA